UGAUUCCCUUCGACCCCCGAGACACGUUUAGACCGAUUAGACAGUCUGUGUAUAUAUUCGUCAAGGUCACGAAUUACAGCGGAUAGUGUCAGUAAGAAGAAGGGCAAUCUGUUCGCUCAAGGGCGCUACGGUCUGUUGAUUGGGAAAAGAGAGAUCCUACACAUACCACAAUUGAGAUAAUACACCAGCAUCAUGAAAUCACGAUCGUUCAUUUUGGCCUCGUUGGCCGGCAUGCUGUCGGUCACGAACAGUUUAACGCUCGACGUUACAAGUUCAGACUCGGUCAAUUCCGUCAGUUCAACAAUUGCCUACGAUAUGAUGACCUAUUAUUCUGGUAAUCAGACAGGCCAGGUCCCGGGUCUACUGCCAGGGCCUUGUUCAUCUACAGCAUGUUACUAUUGGUGGGAAGCUGGUGCUAUGUUUGGGUCACUCAUCAACUAUUGGCAAUACACGGGCGACGACACUUAUAAUUCCGUGGUGUCACAAGCUCUACAAUUUCAGAUUGGACCAGACCAGAACUACAACCCUCCAAACCAGAGUAAGAACAUGGGCGUGGACGAUCAAGCAUUUUGGGCCUUUUCCGUAAUGGAUGCGGCCGAAGCCAACUUUCCAGAGGCUGGUGGUGAUGCUCCUUCUUGGGUGGCUCUCGCUCAAGCGGUCUUCAACUUUCAAAAAGAGCUAUGGGAUGAUGCAACAUGCGGAGGCGGUAUGCGCUGGCAGGUGUAUUCUUUCAAUGCUGGUUACAACUUGAAGAACACCAUCUCAAACGGUGGUAACUUUCAGCUGGCAGCACGUUUGGCCUAUUACACUGGCAACCAGACAUAUGCCGACUGGGCUGUUCAGAUGUAUGAUUGGAUUGCUCAGACCCCUCUGUUCUCGACACAGGAUGGACACCUAUAUAUCUGGGAUAACACCGACACCGACAACAAUUGCUCAGACGUUGCUCAUUUCGCCUGGACCUACAAUUAUGGAACCAUGCUGAUGGGCGCCGCUUACAUGUACAAUUUCACCGGCGGUAAUGCUACAUGGGAAGCUCGAGUUGAGCAGAUUCUUGACGGCGCCUACAAUCUCUUUUUCCCUUCGGAGUAUGGCGGCAAUAUCAUGUCCGAAUUCCAGUGUGAACCGGCAUCGAACUGCAACAACGAUCAGAGCAGCUUCAAGGCUUAUCUGUCACGUUGGAUGGCCGUGACGGCCAUACUGGUCCCGAGCACAUACGACUCAAUCAUGACGAAGUUGACUGCUAGCGCUGCAGCUGCUGCACAGCAGUGUACUGGAGGAACGAACGGACGAUUGUGUGGUCGUCGAUGGUAUGCGACGUGGGAUGGAACGAGUGGUGUCGGCCAGCAGAUGCAAGCACUGAGUGUCAUUGGCGGGACAAGUAUCAACUCGGCAAUCGCUCCGAAGACGGUCAAUACUGGUGGUACGUCUGUAAGCGACCCAAGUGCUGGAAGUGACGCAAACACUUCCCCAACGGCAACGGAAUCGGCCAUUACGACAGGAGACCGGGCAGGAGCUGGUGUGUUGACUGUACUGGCAAUUUUUGUUGUCAUUGGAGGAAGUAUUUGGAUGAUCGUAUGAACGGACUACAACAGGGAGACAACGAAAUUGGCGUUGG